GAAAGUUACCAUCAUCACGAAAAUGCACACGUAUCAGGAUUCUGCGAUUGGACGAACAAAGAGCGAUGCGCCGAAUGAGGAACAUGUGUGUGGCACUAGCGUCUAUAGGUGCCACGGUACAAGUUUUAUUGGAAUCUGACGCGUAAACACGGUGACAAGUGGAAGAGAGAGAAAAGGUGGGAAAGGGGAAAGGAGAAAGCGGAGGAGGAAAAUUUCUCGAGAGAUCCUGCGAUCUCGGAAACAGCUGUAUGCUUCUAUGGAGAGACGCAGCGUACACGGGAUUAUAUCACGCGAUUCUUCGCAUUCCCCACGCGAUCCUCGCGCGCUCGCGUUGUUAUCGAUCAUCCCGUGUGCGUGUUUAUACUUCUCCCUCCUCUUCUGGUUGCCAUGUCUAGUCGCGAACCAGUAGCGGGUCGUGACGUACCACGUGAUCGCACAGUUUACAAACGGCCGUUGUGAUAAACUGCUGAGAACGCGAUACUAGUACAAGUACGCAGUGCGCGCGCGUUGUACGUACGUACGUAGAAUCUUUGUGCGGAAGGCGAGAAAAAAGGAAAGGGAUAGAGAACCCCGCGUACGACUUCCUCGAGACGCUUGUGGAACAUGGAUGAUGAUAUGAUGGGUCAAUGGAAUGUUAUCCACAUGGUUCAAGAAUAAAAAUAUGAAGAGUAGCGGACAGAAAGAAGAACCUGAAGAUAAAAGAAAGUAUGUUUUCUUCUCGGAUCCAGAUGUUGUUGCUAAACGUGCCGAAACUUCUGCCAUUACAGCACAAAUUAAAUUAGAUUUGGAAACACAACGGCAAACUAUUGAAAAUCAAUUAACCCAUUUACAAACUUCUGCAUUUGACUUAAAGAGUUUGGAAAAUUUGUUAUCGUAUCAUCCUGUACAGCCAUAUCCUUUUCCAUUUAUUAGCGCGGUGAAACGGAAACUUGCUUUAGGAGAUUGUAUUAACACUGGCUCAAAAGCAUACGAUCCAAAUUCUCAAGCAAAAAGUUUGACUUCUUCAGUGUUAAAAGCAAAAGGUACACAGAAUUUGUGUCAAAUUGUACAGAAAAUGGAUUAUAUCAAACCACUGAAAGUUCCAGAUUUGAAAAUUUCUCCAAAAACAUUGGAUUUCUCCAGUAGAGAUAACUCUGUUUCAAAGGAACUGCCUUCAACAAAGUCUGAAAUAAUUGCAAAAGAAUUUGCACAUGAUAGAUCUGACAGAACACUAAGAACUGGUGAUAAAGUACAAAGAAAAUUAGAUUUUUUCUUUCCAGAUGGAUCAUCAAUUAUUAAUUGCGAAAACAUAGAACCAUUGAAAGCACCAAAUGUAUCCAUAGCAUCUAAUUUAUGCAAAAAGAAGGAUCAUGUUAGAGAUAGUUCCAGGGAAAAGGAAAAUAAAUCCAAAAGGAUGAAAAAAGACGAUUCUUUGUGUGCAAAGAGAGAUGAAUCUGUGCGAGAGCAUACAAAACGCAGUCGAAGUCCAAGACAUAUUUCCAGAAAAGAUACAAGCAAUAUAAGUAAUGUAAGAUUGCAAAAUGAUAAAUCAUUUCAUGCUACAAAAAAUAAUGAUUUUCUGUCGAUGAAAUUAAAAGACAAAAAUGCUUUAAUUUCCACUGUUAAAAAGGAUAAUGAUAAAAGACAAAAGUUCUUUAAUGCGCAGUCUGUGGAGUUAAAAGAUAAUUCUGUAGACUCCAUUGGUCGAGUAUCAAGCAGUGAACCACUGGUCAUUUCGUCAGAUAAAGUUACAUUGAGAGACAAUAACAAUAGUGUUUCAUGUAACAAUACUGAAACUAAAUCUAAAGAUAUUUGUCAUAUGAUGCAAAGAUCUGAGAUAGAAAACUUGAAAUCAGAUUCAGAUAUAUCUAAUCAUUCAUUUGAUUUAGAUAAUAGACAAUUAAAGGAAGAUAAAUCAAAUAGUAUCUAUAAGGAGCAAUUAAAGAGAGUAUUUGAUAAAAAUAAAAUUUUGAGUAGCAGACUUGAUGGAAAACAACAUAACAUUAAUUCGGAACAAUCAGAGGACAUUGGAUCCAUGUCUGAUACAAAUAGUUCUAAGAAUUGUGUUUAUCAUAUAAAUUCUAUGCCACCAAAAAAUAAGGAUCUCGAAAUGGUUUCAGAAAUUAAACAGAACAUUAAUUUUGCUAGAUCAAUUAAAACUGAUGAGCUUAAAUAUACGGAACAUUCUGAGGCACACCUCACAAGCACAAGUACUAAAAAGAAUGAGGAAUCAUAUUCUCAGAGUGUUGGUACAAGUAAAGAAACAACUACUAAUGAUGAUUCGAAUAAUGUAGAUGUUAGUAGUACAUUGCCAGAAGCAUUAUUCGAUCCUAGAAGAAUCUCUUUUAGGGACAGCUAUUCCCAACAAGAAUUUAAUGAUUUAAUUACACCAGAAAAAAUAAAUCUUGUCAAAACUAAACGAAGAAGAAAUUUGAUACCAAGUAGUGAUUCAGAAGUAGAUGCAAGAUGUCCAAAGUAUAAGCCAACAGUAAAAUCUGAGAAGGAACAAGAGGAAGGACAAUUGAUGCAUCCAAAAGCUUUACAUAAGCAAUUUCAAGCAGAAUUGCAGCUUUACGAAACUUUCAACGAGUCUCUUAGGCAAGUCAUAGAUGUUGAAAAAUGUUUAUACAAUACUAAAUGCGAACAAGAAAAAAAGAAUUUGCAAAAAAAUGAAGAAUUAGAAGAAAUCAUUGAAGAUGGAUGUACAGUUGCUGCAGUUGACAGUAAUAUUGUUGAAAAAGCAAGAAAUUUGAUUGACUAUUCGAAAAAAAAUGUUAGCGACAUAUGGAGACCAAGCGACGAAGCACAUUUUAUUGGAAAGUAUUAUGUUCCAACAAACCAAACUAAUGUCGUCGAAUCAGCGAUUAUUAAUUAUGGAAAUAAAGCGGCGGUCAAAGUAACGGAAGUACAAGCUAAAACAGUGCACGAUAUAGCGACUCAAACGAAACAAAAAAACACGCAGAACAAAUUAUCGGAAAUGAUUGAAAAGUUAUAUGAACAAUCGUCUUCGGUCGAAAAUGAUAUUGCCGAACACUCUUUAAAUUCAAUUGAGCAAUUCGAGAAUUUAGACCAAAUAGAAGAUAUAUCAGUACCAAGCAGAAUAAGAACCAUGUCGGAGAUUAGUUUACAUGAAACUACCUCGUCGAUAAAAACGGAAACUGGGACUGAAAUUAGUAUUUCAACCCGAGAUGUAACGUUUUCAAUUAAUCAAUAUUUGGAUUUAGAGAUAGAACAGCUUAUAAGAGAUGAGAAUCAUCGAUGCAAUAAAAUGGAAGAGUUAUUAAAAUCUCGAGAAAAAACAUUGAGCGACAAAACUAAAAAAUUGAUACAAUUAGAAGAACAGAAACGUGCGUUAAGAGAUACGGGACAAGACAGUCGUUCCGUAAAAAAGAAACAGAGAGCUCUACUUUUAAAAUUGCAACAAGAAGCGGAAUAUCUUUGCAAAAUAAAAAAAUUGCACCAACAAGCAAGCCAGGAACGAAUGGAUAUGUUACGAAAACAAAGAAAUAUGUUUAAUCCAGAAAUGUCGACGAGAAAUAUUUUAACGAAAUUAAAAAGGAGUGCCGAUAGUCAAUCACCGAGAAGAUUAUCAGGUCCUAUGAAGGGUUACGACAUACGCAGUAAUAGUUCCAGGAGCUCUGUGAUUGAAUCGGAUAAAUCUCAACAUGAUUACUCUAAUAUAGAACCACAACAAGGAUCCGAGAGUGACGUACACUCGAUCAAGUUUGACUUAAUCAAAUCCGACGACGCUAAAAAUAAAGAAUUACGAGAAAAGGAUCCCAUGUCACCGAAAAGAAGCGAUAUAUCGAUGCACGAGUUAAGGUCUCGAAAAUAUGAAGAAAAAAUGCCCAGAGCGGAUAUUUUGCAGCGGAAGCAAAAUCAGCGUAACAUGGAGUCGAAACGAAUUCAAGGCCAUCCUAUGAACAUAAAACGUCUUUUGGAAAAUCAGGAAUCAUCGAUUGGAACGUCGAAAUUAGAAUUAAUAAAUGCGUCAGUACUUGAAAAAUCCGAAUCCGAUACGAUAGUAGAAGAAUUGUCUAAGAAAUCGAAAACGUCACAAGCAGUAGAUCUUUCUAUGCAAACUGCGACCAUCGUGAAAGAAAAAGACUCAACUUCUAAUAUCGUAACCGCUAGCAAUGAAUCUAUAGAGGAAGAUAUAAACACGAUAGCUCAAGAUACUGUCUCUAAAACGACACAAAUUUCUGAAGAUAUAUUGCAGACAAAUACAAGUAAAAGUUCUAAAAAGAUUGAUAAAUCUGUAAUGAGCGAUAGAGACAUAUCUAAGAAGUCACAAUAUAAUGAUGAAUUAAGUACGAAUUCUAAACACAAGAAUUUCAAAUAUCAAAAAAUGAAAUCACCUUCUAAUACACUAACAGAAAAUAUAUUACAAUCCAAAUCAAGUUCUCGUUUAUCCAAUGAACUUAAACAUCAGGAUAAACGAAUACAACUUGAGCAUGAAUUGCUUCACUUAGAUAGUAAUAAUAAAAGUUCAAUUUUAGGCGAGUUAGAUUUUAAUGUAAGCCAAGAAUUGCUUCAGACACCUGUCAAGCAUUCAAAACUGAUAAAAGAUAAAAACUUAAAAUUAAGUGAAACAUCUAACAAUUAUAAGAGUAAGGAAAAUGUAUUCAGUCAAAUCAACAGAAAGCUUGAACAUGAUGAGAGUUGCAGAAACAAACAAAAUACGUCCACGUCUCAAAUCAGCACUUUUGCCAUUUCUCAUCGUAGUUCUAAAGAAAGCGAGAAAAAUUUAUCAAAAUCUGUAGUUGUCCGAUCGCAAGACAGACAUUUAGAACAACUUUUAAUCGCGCGCGAAACUGCACUGGCAUCGCGUAAGAAUUGCAUCAAGGAGUGGAUGGCGUGGCACGCGAGAUUAAGAGCGGAAGAAGAUCGUGUGAAUCGUAUGGAGCAAGCGGCAUUUAAACUUGUUGCAACUUAUUCCAAUGUCUUGAAUCAGCAAGAUACUACUAUUUCGUCCGAUACAAGCGAUGUCGAGGGAAGGAUAGGAUAUCUUACUGAAAAAUUAGAAGAACGACGCAUCGAAAUGGCGCGUUUAAAAAGGGAAGCUAAGAAGGAAACGAAAAAACAACUACGUGCUCUGGAAACAAACCUACUGAAUCAAAUUAAAAAAUACGACAUGACUAUCCACGAAAUGCGCAAAAAGUUGGAAACGAAGAAAACUAAAGAAACCGACAAAUUAGCUAUAGAACCAAAGUCAUUGGCUGAAUUCAAAGUACCUGAAAUACCACUAAAGAGAAUACAAAACAUUUAUAAGAGCAGCGAUUUAUUGAGAUCUAAAUCGGAAUCUGAUCUCUUAAUAACGAGAAAUCAGCAAAAAGAUCCGUUAAAAGGUCUUUUGUUUACAACUCCUAUAACAUACGAUGAUAAAUAUGAAAAGAAUAGUUCUAAAAAAUCUGUAAAAUACACGGACACCAAGAGCACAAAUAUUUCAGAAUCAAAGGACACUAAUCAAAUCGUUUCCGACGAAUAUACAUCGACAGAAGUUUAUGACAAAAUUCGAACAACAACUUCGAAGUUAUCGACUACAAAUGAUGCACAUUUGGAAAAAUACGUUCUUUCUAAGGAAAUGCAAAUUGAAGAAUCCGGUAUUACUAGGACAAAACAAAGUAGUAUAUCCAGUGCUGAAGAUGUUGAAACGAAUCUUGAUACAGCAAAAUCAGAAUCUGAAGUGCAAACAUUAUCGGAUGCAAGAUCUGUAGAUCAUAGUACUAUUAAUACCGAAUCUACUAAUAAUGAAUUAAUGACUAAUGUCGAUCCAUCCCAGCCAAAGAUGAAUCUCACGAUACAAUCCGAGAUUCAAGAAAUGGGAAACGACAGUAUAAAAUCUAUUUCAAGUAAAUCCAACUACUCCACGGAAAGUACUGCGCGUACAGUCGCUGAUUCCGAUAUACUUACUUAUUCAAAGAAAUUGGACUUUUUGCAAUUAAAUAAUAAGAAUCUGAGCGAAGAUAUAAGCGCUAUUGAAAACGGUAUUAAAGUGUUUUCGGAAAUAAUGUCGCGUUUGAACGAAUCUAAUGAAAAGUCUAAAAUAAACGAUGAAAGAAAUACAUCGCAAGAUAUAUCAGAGAUAAUAUCUAAAUCAGUUUUUAGCGACAAAAUUGUUGAUAUUGCAAAUGAGGAGAAGCAUACGACGUCGGGUGAAACUACCGACUCUCUUUCUAUUUCGACAAAUAAUGAAAAAUCAAAAUCCCCUAAAUCAAAUGAUUUGAGUCACGAUAAUAAUAAAUCGGACGAAAUAAAUAGUGAAAUAUCGGCGAUAAUUUCGGAAGAAGUCCAGCUCUCCGAUUUAGAUCGUGAAAUUGAUUACGAAGCUAAAAGCAAAGAGAUUAUGAAUGAAAUAGAGAAAUCGAUAAUAUCAGAACAAAUUAAAAUAGUUCACGAUGAUUAUAACGCAGCAACUUCGGUGUCAGAAAACGAAGACAAAGAUUUAUUAAAUGAUUUAGCCUCGGAGCUCGAAGUAAAAUCGAUUUCUGAGAUUUUUUCCAAAAUGUCAGAAAGCAGAAGAAAUCUCGAUCGUGCAACGACUACGGCGACGCAAAUUAUCGAUGACUCGAGAAAACGUAUAAAUGAACGAAGCGUUAAUUUAAAUAAAGACAAAUUGGAAAAAGAUUUUGUAAAAGGUCAAACGGAAGAAACAUGUUCGUUGAAAUUUUCUGAACGUCCUCAUUCUCCUAUCAUUGCGGGUCACUGUUCGAAAGAAAAUUCCGAAACGCAAAGCCAUUUGCAAAGCGUACAUAGUGCAGUUCCAAGUCAAGUCUUGCAAGUUGUCGCCAGCAAAGAUUCAAAAUCAUCGGAUAAUAUUCCCGAGAUGUUGGAAGCAGAAAUUGGUAUUGAUAUUAGAAUAUUGAAGAACCUCGAUGAAGAUGAAACAAGUACAGUGUUCGAGCAUAGCAAACAUUCAAUGGUACUCUCAUCUAAUCAAAAUCAAUCGCAUGCAAUUAGCACGGAAAAUAUUUCUCAGGAUAGAGACAAUUGGUUAACUUCUGAUUCGUUUCAAAUCCCGCAAGAUGAAGUUAGUACUGGAGAGCGAAAUGAAAACUUAAAAUCGCACGUAGAUCACACAAACAAUGCUUCGAAUAAUUUCUCAAAGGAAAACGUAGAAACACGUUGCGUUGACGACGCUACGAAUCCAGAAGUUGAAAUUAAUUUAGCAAAUAACAUUAAUGAGUCGGCAUGUAUUCCAAAGGAAGAAUCUACUAAAGUCGAAAUGCACGACAUUACAUUCAAUAAUAUAUUAACGGAAUCUCAUGUGAUGAAGAGUAAUGAUGAACUUGACGAUAUAUUAGAUAUAAUCGCUAGAGAAAAUAAUCGAGGAGAAAGUAUUUCUAAAGAAAGCGGAAAACUUGAUAACGUUAUCUCAGAUUCCAUGACUGAAUUAUUAGAGAAAGUUAAAGAUAUUGUGGAAAAUGAUGGCAGUGUAGAUAAUCAUUUUAAAGGAAUUUUAUGCGAUAUUGGUGUAAAUGACGAAACUGAAGUAGUCUCGAAUUUCUCAUCGUUAAAUAAUAAAACACAAGAUAAAACAAAUGUAGAAAAUAUAACCGAAAGUAACGUGGACUUUCCAAGUACGUGUAAUGAUAAUAAAUCUAGUAAUAGUGAAAAAAUAAUGGAUAUUCCGUUACAAGCGGUCGAUGAAACUGGUGAUAAAUCCGCUGUAAGGGUAAAUUUGCACGUCGAAAUCGACAACGAAGAAAGCCCACGCGAAGCAAUACCGGAAAUACAAGAAAUUAUAAUAACAGAACUGGACUCAGAUAGCGUGGAAGAUAAUGUUUUAUCGGAACUUGAAAUCGAUGCUAAAGUUGAAUUAGCUGAAGACGAAGAAUCCACCGCAAGUUGCGUAAGCGAAAACGAAAAUCGGUAUACUGUGAAAGAAAAGAAAGAUAUUAUAGAAAUAAAAGAAUGUUUGGAAUCAAUUUUGGAACAAGAUAGCUCGGAUGGCGAACAAUUGGAUAAUUUAGUGGAAGUUGCUGAAAGCGGAUUGGAUACUGUAGAAAAAAUCAUUACAUCGUCGCAUGACUUUCCUGUAAUAGACAAUACAAUCUUUGUAGAUGAAAGUACUGAAGAAAAAACAGAUGACACAGCUGGAAAGGUUGACAAAAUCAUAACAAUAUCGGAUACACCGGUAAAUGAAAAUCUUAACAAAACUUUCGACAUAUUAAAAGACCCAGAGUACGAAGAUAUUUCCGAAGAGAGUCUCGAGGUGUCUGAAAUUUUAGAUAAAACUGAUUUGAAAGCAGGCACUGCGAGGAAAUCUUUCAAUUUAUCGGAUAAAUAUCAAGCUACGCAGAAAUCGGAAGAAGUAUUAAGAAUAUUAGAUGAAAUUUCGCAAAGAUCAUCCGAUUCUAUAAGCAAUUCGCAGAAGAAUGAGAAGAGUGCUGCACAAAGCGAGACGCAAGAAGAGAUCAGUGAGCUACUCGAUGCAGAAGUUUCCGCGGAAGAUGACAGUCCAUCUCCCGAGAUGAAAAAGAUAACGAGAAGCAAAGUCGAAGAGAAAUCUUACAAAGUGAACGAUGAAUCGAAAAAUCGGUUUCUAAAAGAUGUAGAAUUACAAGAUGAGCAACCAUCAAUGGAAGCUAUUAAUGAUAUAGGCUCCCCCGAGGAAAAAGACAGGUCUCCAUUGAGAUUAGACGCUGAUGACGAUGACAAAUCCACUCGAAUAGCAUACGAACUGCAGGAACAAGACGGCUCAUCCGGUGAAUCCAGCGAAGCCGGCGAUACUCCAAGAGGUGUUUCUGACAUUGAGAUGGAUUCGCCGAGAGACUUCAAUGAUUCCAGACUGGACAUUGAUAUCCUGGAUGAUGAACUAUUAAGCGAUACUAAAGCCAUGACGGAUCAAAACGAUGUGAAAACCAAUUUUCACUCGUCAUCUAUUGUUGCCACAUCCGAGAAUGACAUUACGGCCAUGAUUAAUAAAUUAAAAGCUUCGCUGGAACAACCCGGUCAGGAGGUUGCCGAACUGCAAGCCAAGUUGCUUCGCAUCGAACAAUUACAGAUCGAGUUGGAGAUCAAGAAAUUGGAAGCGGAGGAAGUGUCCUUCUAUGUCCGAGAAAUACCAAAUAAACCGCCGCCUCCCUACACUCCGCCUGGAGAUGGUCGACUAUCAGCCUCGCUUGGUUCGCCUUCGAUGACGCCUGCUGUAAUUCCAUCCAACGUUGAGGAAUUAACGUCGUUUACCGAGAAAGCUACAAUUCUGAUAUAUAACGCUAAACAGGCUGGCGAGGACAUUGCGAAUCUAGAAGCGCCUGUCGAAAUUUACGAUUCAAUCACAGACAAAAUAAACGAGGACAAGGACAGACGGAUAUACAACACUUUUCUCUUCGAUCUUUGCAAGGAGAUUAUCGUGGAGGUCUUUCGGGCAGAGUACGAGAAACCUGGCCCAAGCUGGACGAAACCGAACGUGAAGACGAAACCUGCGAUGAAGAUUCCGAAAACUAUGGAGGAUCUCGUCGAGUACGUUAACCAGGAAGUCGCUACGUUGUUUGGUUUCAAAACGAAACUGCAACGAGAGAACAUGGUGAUGCGUUGGAGCAGGAAACGUAGGGACCGCGUCGACGAGUUGCUGGCGAGAGAAGCCCAAGCCGAAGAAGACGAAUGGACAAAGUUUCAUCAUGACGAAUUGGUGGUAAAGAACGGACUUACGGUAGCUAUACUGGAUACUCUCAUGAUGGAAACAGCAAACAUAGUGAAAAUAGCGUACGGUAAGAAAAGAAGAAUAAUGGUGUAACAA